AUGCUGCGCAGUAGCGCGCAACGCAACGGCGCCAACACCGUCCACUCCCCGUGCACGCCGCGCGGCGGCACGGCCGUGCUCACCCGCGGCAGGCGCCGCCACCUCCGCCGCUUGCGCAGCAACGCAAACAAGUCCCCCGAGGAGGAAGAGCGAGGCGGAGGCGACGCCAACGCUCUGUCCGGCGUGCUCCCCAGCAGGAGCGUGCUGCUGCGGGCCGGCGCGGUGGUCUUCGCCCUCGGCUUCGUCGACGCCGGGUACAGCGGCGACUGGUCUCGCAUCGGCGCCAUCACCAAGGACACCGAGGAGCUGCUCAAGCUCGGCGCCUACGCCGUCGUGCCUCUCUGCUUGGCCCUCGCACUUGCCGUGCCCGGUGACAGCGGCGGUGAAUCUUAACUGAGUUACAGUGUAGUACUACUUGAUUAUGCUCGGUAUUCGUCUACGUCGGUACGAGUCAGUGCCUUAACUGAGUUACAGCAUUUGAGCGGCACUCGACGCUGUUGGGAUCAUCACUCGUGAUGCUGGUGCACGUCGAUAAGAUCAGUGUCGUUCUAUACUUUGUUCAGUUAGAACGGUUUCUUUUGCCGGCGUAAUCCCUCCCUCCAUAAAAGCUUUUGUUAUGAAACUA